ACUCCAGAAGCCAAAGCCUGCAGCUCUGACCUCAGGUCAGCUAAAGAAUCGUUUACCUUUAGAAAGCUGUGUAUUUUCAGAUCAGGAGUUGCCAUGGUUGACGGUAUGGACAUGGACAAGCAAGAGAAGCGUUACUGUAUUCAAGGUAAGCAUGCAGUCAUCAUCUGCAUAACAGUGGUGUUGUCUUUGGCAGUGGGCCUCGGGGUGGGCCUCUCUAGGUCAAACAACACCAGUCCUACUACCACCACCACAACAGCUCCCACAGCAGGGCCUACCCAGCCCCCUUCACAUGGCAGAGGGCCCUGCUUGCCUUCCACUGACUCAAACGGGGACUGGAGGAAUUUCCGUUUACCCAACUAUGUGAAUCCCGUCCACUAUGAUCUGCACCUGGAGCCGAACCUAGAGGAUGACACCUACAUAGGCACUGUUGAUAUUGAACUGGAAGUAACUAAGCCCACCCGGUAUCUUUGGCUCCACAUCAGGGAGACAUUUGUCAGCACCAUGCCAAGGUUGAGAAUGCUGAGUAACCAGGGAGGGCAGAGGGAAAUGGCAGUAAAAAGCUGUUUUGAAUACAAAGAUCAGCAAUAUGUGGUGGUGGAGGCCACAGAGGAGCUGCCUGUCUCUGGCACAGGAGAGGUCUACACCCUCAGUCUGGACUUCCAGGGUUGGCUCAAUGGCUCUGUGGUGGGAUUCUACAGAGUUAUUUACACAGAGAAUGGGAUCACCAAAAAGAUUGCAGCUACGGAUCAUGAGCCAACAGAUGCCCGGAAGUCUUUUCCCUGUUUUGACGAGCCCAACAAGAAAGCCACCUACAAUAUCUCGAUAACUCACGAUGCUAAAUAUAAGGCGUUGUCCAACAUGCCAGUAGAGGGCACCCCUCAGGAACUGCCUGACAAUAAAAUUAAAACCUCUUUUAAGAAGUCUGUUCCAAUGAGUACCUAUUUGGUAUGUUUUGCUGUGCACCAAUUUGACUACGUGGAGAGAACUUCAGCCAGAGGAAUUCCUCUGAAGAUCUGGGCCCAGCCAAGUCAAAUACAAACUGCUGAGUAUGCUGCAAACGUAACCAAGGUCAUUUUUGACUACUUUGAGGAAUAUUUUAACAUGAACUAUUCCAUCACAAAAUUGGAUAAGAUAGCCAUCCCUGACUUUGGUACUGGUGCCAUGGAGAACUGGGGCCUUAUCACCUACAGAGAGACCAACCUGCUGUAUGACCAAAACCAGUCGUCGUCCUACAAUAAGCAACGAGUGGCCAGUGUUAUUGCACAUGAGCUGGUUCACCAAUGGUUUGGGAAUAUUGUAACUAUGGAUUGGUGGGAUGACCUGUGGCUCAAUGAGGGCUUUGCCAGUUUUUUUGAAUACAUUGGCGUGGAAGUAGCAGAACCAACCUGGGGCAUGCGAGACAUUAUGAUCAUCAGUGAUGUACUUCCUGUUAUGGUGGAUGAUGCUCUCCUGUCCUCUCAUCCAAUCAUUGUAAAUGUGUCAACCCCAGCGGAAAUCACCUCUGUGUUUGAUGCCAUCUCAUACAGCAAGGGAGCAUCCAUUCUUAGGAUGUUGGAGGACUGGAUGGGCAGAGACGUGUUCAGGGAUGGCUGUCGAAAAUAUUUGAAAGACUUCUAUUUCAAGAACGCCAAAACGGCUGACUUCUGGGCAUCUCUUGCUAGAGUGAGUGGGUUGCCGAUUGCAGAAGUCAUGGAUACAUGGACCAAACAGAUGGGCUAUCCUGUUUUGGACCUGUCUGUUUCAGAGACGAAUGCCAAACUGAGCCAAAAACGUUUCCUCCUGGACCCUAAAGCUGAUGCCAGCCAGCCUCCUUCAGUUCUUGGGUACAAGUGGACAAUACCAAUCAAAUGGCAUUCUAUCCAAAAUGAAAAAAAUAUGUCAUCUAUAUUUGACAGAAACAGCACAGAGCAUAUCAUCAAUAACUACUCACUCCCAGUGGAUGGGCUGCUAAAGGUUAACAAUGAUCAUAUUGGAUUCUACAGAGUCAACCAUGACAACCACAUGUGGAAUGCUAUUAGUCAACAGCUUCAAACCAAUUAUUUGGAGUUUGAUACUGCUGAUCGCACAGGCUACAUUGAUGAUGUUUUUUCUCUUGCAAGGGCUGACAUUAUAGAUUACAGUCAUGCCUUCAACCUUACUAAGUACCUGGCAAAUGAGACGGACUAUAUAGUCUGGGAUCGUGUGGCCUCUUCCAUCGCCUAUCUCCGGGACAUGCUCUCUGGCAACGCUAUCCUCUAUUCAAAGUUUCAGAAAUUGUUUCGUGACCAUGUUAAAGCAAUCUCAACACAUCUUGGAUGGGAGGAUAAAGGAACACAGACACAGAGGUUGCUAAGAGAGACGGUGCUUGGCAUUGCUUGUCAGAUGGGAGAUCAGGAUUCUCUGAAUGAAGCUUCUCGCAUUUUUGACCAGUGGAUCAAUGGAAGUGUAAGCAGUGUAGCGUUGAACCUGAGACUACUGGUAUAUCGAUAUGGCAUGAAGAAUUCAGGCACUGAAGCAAAGUGGAACAUUAUGUUCCAGAGGUACAAAGAUAUUUCUUUGGCUCAAGAGAAGGACAAGCUGCUGUAUGGACUGGCCUCUGUGGAAAAUGCAGAUCUUCUUUUUCGGCUCCUGGAGGCUACAAAAAAUGAGAGUGUAGUGAGGAGUCAGGAUUUGUUCACUGUGGUGCGAUACGUAUCCUAUAACCCGCUGGGCCAAAUCAUGGCCUGGGACUGGAGCACACUUAACUGGGACUACUUGGUAAAUAGGUACACCAUCAAUGACAGGAACCUUGGUCGCCUACUGAAUCAAAUUACCACCAACUUCAACACAGAGCUUCAGCUAUGGAAGAUGGAGCAUUUCUUCAGUCUAACAUCGGAUGCUGGUGCUGGUGAGAUGCCAAGGCAGCAGGCACUGGAGAGAGUGAGGAACAAUAUUGAAUGGAUUAGGAGGAAUGAGGAUGAGAUCAAAGAGUGGCUGGAGAAUAACGUUGCCUGAUGGAAAGCACUGAGGCCAUACAUUCAUACUACACCUGUAACGAUCUAGAGCACCCACAGUAUAUGUAGAAAUGAAUAUGUCAGGUGAUUUUGAGCUGAUUUUAGCUGAUCCGAGGGUUCUUCUGAUCUUAAUCAACAAAAUAUACACAACAGUCUAAAGAAUUGCCCAUCAUCUGAGGUUCUGGCACUUACUGUCACUUACUUAUAAUAACCAUCUCAAUUUAUAUAAAUACAUUUAAUGCAUUUUACAUACUUUACAAUACAUUUUAAUUGAUGUCCAGUCACUCAAGAUCUAUUUUUGGACUACAUAUGUUCCACGAAGAUCAUGGUUUACCACCAUCCUUCUGGGUUUUAAUAAUAUAUUACAGAGCUCCUCAAUUUUAAUAGUUUCAGCAAUCUCCUUAAUCAAUUUUUAGCUUGAUGCAGGCCAAUAACUUGAUCCUUCUGAAACAGAGUAACAUCUUUCCAUGACAGCAGGCUACGCCAUGGUUGUUUAAGAAAUGAGAACCUACUCACUGAGUCAGUUACAGUUAAAUAACCUAUUGCCAGCCAAAAUCUUGUAGCACUCAAACACAUUCCAGUAAUGUGCCACCAACUAGCUGUGCAUGGUGCUCAUGCAGUUGUACGUAGUGAGCACAUAUGUAUGAUUUAGUCACUCUAAUAUAAUAUAAUUUCAAAACAUGCCUGUUGAAGAUCGCCUACUUGUUUUAGUUCCU